CGAGGUCCCAACAGUGUCCGAGUUACACUGCGCGCUCUGCUGACGCAACCACGUCACAGUGGUUCAUAGCGAUGGCGGACCGCAGUGUCCCCAGACUUGCCCAGGGAGGGACCGAGCAAAGUCACUGAGCCACUUUCACCGGCUCCAGUAACCUGUCGCCCGACCACCUGUUAAAGGGAGGCCACUGUUGUUGUUCUCGUUGUCCCUCCCAUGAAAUAGUAUGUGGGACGGGAUCUGCAGGGAGUGCGCAGACCGGGACGAGCCAGAAGUGGAGUGAGCAGGAGCGCAGUGUGCCGCGCUGACGCGCCGCAUGUUGAGCCAGCAAGUUGACUGAUAAAAUAAAAGUCGCGUCGACGGGGAAGGGGACAGCCGCGCUCGGAUUUAACAGCGCUUUGAGGAGGACACUUGUUCCGGCAAAAUGAAAUUCGCGGAGCAUCUUUCGUCCCAUAUCACUCCAGAGUGGAGGAAACAGUAUCUUCAGUAUGAGGCAUUCAAGGAUAUGCUAUAUGCUGCCCAGGACCAAGCUCCAUCUACAGAAGUCACAGAUGAAGACACGGUGAAGAGAUACUACGCUAAGUUUGAGGAGAGGUUUUUCCAGACCUGUGAGAAGGAGCUUCUGAAAAUCAAUACUUUCUAUUCAGAGAAGCUUGCCGAGGCCCAGAGACGAUUUGCGACGCUGCAGAACGAGCUGCAGUCUUCACUGGACGCUCAGCGAGAGAGCAAUGCUUCGCCCGGUCUGCGGAAACGCAAGACCAGGUUCCACCUGUCGCAGGAGGAGCGCUGCAAACACCACAACAUCAAAGACCUGAAGCUAGCCUUCAGCGAGUUCUACCUCAGCCUCAUCCUGCUUCAGAACUACCAGAACCUGAACUUCACUGGUUUCCGUAAGAUCCUGAAGAAACAUGACAAGAUCCUGGAUACUUCCCGCGGGGCGGACUGGCGUGUGGCUCAUGUGGAGGUGGCACCUUUCUACACCUGCAAGAAGAUCACACAGCUCAUUACUGAGACGGAGACCCUGGUGACCACAGAGCUGGAGGGAGGCGAUCGUCAAAGGGCCAUGAAGAGGCUGAGAGUUCCUCCUCUGGGGGCAGCUCAGCCUGCUUUGGCCUGGACGACCUUUCGCGUGGGUCUCUACUGUGGCUUCUUCAUCAUUCUUGCCAUCUGCUUCGUUAUCACUGGUGCCGUGUUCUUCCGCUCUGAGAACGUCUGGCCUAUGGUGCGGAUCUAUCGGGGCGGUUUCCUGUUGAUCCAGUUCCUCUUCCUGUUGGGCAUCAACACCUAUGGAUGGAGACAGGCUGGAGUCAACCACGUCCUCAUCUUUGAGAUCAAUCCACGAAACAACCUCUCGCACCAACACCUGUUUGAGAUUGCUGGUUUCCUGGGCGUGUUGUGGUGUCUCAGCAUCCUCUCCUGUCUCUACUCGCAGUACACUUACAUCCCCAUGCAGGCCAACCCUCUCAUCCUUUAUGGCUUCAUGGUGCUCUUCCUCAUCAACCCCUUCAAGACCUGCUACUACAAAUCACGUUUCUGGCUCCUCAAAUUGCUGUUUCGUGUUUUCACCGCGCCGUUUCACCGGGUGGAGUUUGCAGACUUCUGGCUGGCUGAUCAGCUCAACUCUCUGGUGUUUACUCUCAUGGACCUGGAGUAUCUCUUCUGCUUCUACAUCUUCGAGCUGCAGUGGAGCAACAGCAAGGGCCUGUUACCCGACUUUGGAGGUUCCCGAGACUUCAUGUGCCACAGCUACUCCUACGGUCUCCGUGCCAUCAUCCAGUGUCUGCCUGCUUGGCUGCGUUUCAUCCAGUGCUUGAGGCGUUACCGUGACACAAAGAGGGCCUUCCCGCACCUGGUGAACGCUGGGAAAUAUUCUACCACCUUCUUUGUUGUCACCUUUGCCGCCCUCUACGCCACACACGAAGAGCAAAGUCACGCAGACGCCAACACCUUCUUCUACCUUCUGAUUGUGUCUUCAAUCAUCAGCUCCCUGUACACACUGAUCUGGGAUCUGCGUAUGGACUGGGGUCUGUUUGAUCGUGGAGCUGGCGAAAACAUCUUCCUCAGAGAAGAAAUCGUUUAUCCACAUAAGGCCUACUACUACUGUGCUAUUGUGGAAGAUGUGAUCCUGCGUUUUGCUUGGACGAUCCAGAUUUCUCUGAUCACAACGACCAAGAUCAACUCUGUGGGCGACAUCUUGGCCACCAUGCUGGCUCCUCUUGAGGUCUUCAGGCGCUUUGUGUGGAACUUCUUCCGUCUGGAGAACGAGCACCUGAACAACUGCGGUGAGUUUCGUGCGGUCCGGGAUAUCUCUGUGGCGCCGCUCAACGCUGACGACCAGACGCUGCUGGAACAGAUGAUGGACCAGGAGGACGGAGUCCGGAACCGCUCGGGCAAGAAGACCUGGAAGAGGUCCCACAGCCUGUCGCUCCGACGCCCCCUGCUGUCCACCUCACAAUCGAAGAAGGACACCAAGGUGCUAAUUGAAGAUACUGACGAUGAGGCCUUCAGCUGAGUCCACAGCAUCGGCACACGCACGCACACAAACACACACUUUACGACACUGUACUUAUAAAGACCUCGUUCGCUAACGCCUGACCUCAAAGCUCCUCCCUCGUAGAGUUAACGCGCAGGCCUACCCUUCAGUCUCGAAACCUUUAAAGCAGUGAGGACCAUCAGUCACUGUCCUCACCUCUGGGAAACUUACCUCAUCUUUACGUCCUUGUAAGUACAGUUGGUCUUUAUAAGUAUGGAAACAACACACACACACCUAUAAUGUAGAAACACACACAGAGAUAGACCCGCUGAAGCACAAGUAUAGUAUAACAUCGCUGCAGGUGAGGAGAGAGCUAAUGCCACCCAGACAAACAGCCACACAGUCAGACAGAUGGAGGACAGACAUCAAGGGAAACCUUCUGCACAUAACCGGCGAGAUAAGACCGCACUGCCCGGGGAUUAUCCUCUUCUGUUUUUUAAACGGACUUUUUUUAAUAUCUGUUGUUUACUUUUCUGUAGAUUCUUCUUUUAUUUCCUGAAUUUGUUUAGAAGACGCUGCAUAAAAUAGGCUACCGACGACUGUUUGCACACCUACACUAGGAUCAACAGGGAGAAGACAAAGCCAAUCAAAAGACUAACAAACACAAACCUGAGGAAGGACUCUACACGCAUAUCACAGCAUAUCAGAACAAAUCAACUGGUUUCAGCUUGUUGAUUCUUUUUAUACACCAUCUCUCUCUCUCCUUGUUUUUUUUUUCUUUUUAAUAUUUUUUAGUUGUAAUAACAUCAGUGUGCAAUCACAACCCUGGAGGCACUUGCAGGAAAAGUGCAUUUAUUACACAAAAUCUUGUACUUGUACACAAAAAGGGAAAUUUUGAUUCAAACAUUUCUAAGUCUGUGAAGUUCCUUUGUAAUAUUUGAUGUGCAUUAUGACUGUUGUAGUUGUUAAGUCCUUUUACAUUGUUGUUUAUACUAGUCAGACUAGUUGGAGCAUCUGAUUGUCGAUGUGUUUUAUAAUGUUUGGAAUGUUUUUCAUGGUUGAACUUGUGCCACAUUUUUAACGAGCUCAGAGUUAGGACCCUCGGUUAUCCCCGACCUCUAAUUAGUGCGUGAACGUGCCCUGUUAACUGCAGCAAAUGUACAUGCGUUGCUUUUCUUUACAUUAAUUACCAAAGUUUUCUUUUUUAUGAAUGUGACUGUGGCUGGGGUAGCUUCCUUUAACAAGCCUGCCAACUGAUAUAAAAACCAAACGUUUAAAAGCAGAUUGAAGUUUGCAGGCUGGAGAUCACAGUAACAUAAGCAGAGGUACAGCUGAUCAGCUCGGUCCUGUUCCAGAAAGCAGGUUCAACAAAUUCUACGUUUUCGGCUCCAGAACAAGCUGAUCGGAGUUGCUUCAAAUCAACUCUGAGUGUGAGGAAACUAAGCCGUGAUCAGUGCAGCGCUCAUCAGCCAAUAAUGGGUUUGACUGUGGGCUACGGCAUUUAGCAUAAAAGUAAAUGAAAAACAAAGUCAGCAUUGUCCACUCAGUCAUUCUUUACUUAAACUGAAUCCAACCAAAAUAUAUCUGAGUUUGGCACAAUUACAGUAGAAAAUAAAUUAUCUGUAGACAUCUAUUGAAUUCAAUUCAAUUGAAUUCAUCCAGAUACUCCGGAUGUGUCCUGAUUCUCAAACUUAUUUUAAAAUGCUUUCAGAACCUGAAAGUCGCUGAAGAUGCUGAAAUCUUCCUGUCAUCUCCAACGUGAAAGCUAAUGAAAGUGAUUACUACAGUAGUGCGCACUGUCAGGCAUCAGUGCAGGGCAUCUCAUGGACAACCUGACAGAUUCCUGACUGCCCACAGAGCUAGAAGGAUGUAUCCUAUAGAGCAGAGCUGGCAAUAAAUCCGUGGUAUGCCGUGGUCGCUGCUGUUACACUGAUGACAGAUUUAUUAUGAAAGCAGCCACGUUAGCCAUCAUAAACAACAAGCUAACAUAUAAAUGGGAUUGGACUGUUUGUAAGGACCAGCUUCUGUUCCCCUUGGUGCUUUAAGACUGACUGCACGAAUGAGAAAACCUUAAAAGUUGUUUAAAGGAAAUCUGUCAGUGAGCAGUUUACUUAUAGAGAGUCUGUUGCCCCGGUAACUGACCCGAUGUUUAGAUUAAUCCCGUCUCUAAAACAUCAAAUCCAGAGUUUUCACUAAACCUGCUCUCUGGAACGCGGCCCACGUAAACCGUGGAGCACUUUUAGAUUUCACUGAGCUCAGUGAGUCCCGUCAGUUUUAAAACCGAUGUGCCGGAUCAUGUCUUUGCAUCUUGUCUUAAUAUGAUUGCAUUGGUUCUCCGGACCAUGUUAGUCUUGAGUAAUGGUUGAAAAUUAGGCGACUGGGAUUCUUUAUGUUGAUGAAGAUGUUUCGCCUCUCAUCCAAAAUAACAGAAUUCCUGUGAUUACUGACGGCGGUGUUGCCAGAUUUGGUGGUUUUCCAUCCAGCGGCAGGUAAACGGUCGUUUCGUUCCAUAAUGAUUAAUAACAAAAACAAAACUGGGCUGCAUGUAAGGCCAUGAGGGGACUUGGCAGUGGUCGAACACUUAAUAAGCUCGUUCUCAGCUCUUUAACAAUGAAGCUUUCGGCUUCAUGUGGCUUUAUUUCCCGAGGGACGCCGCAGCGGAUGGAUCUGCAUGCUUGAUUUGGUGCAGAUUUUACACCGGAUGCUCUUUCUGCUGCAAUCGCUCUUGCUUGGGAUGAUGCUAGAAGCCCUCUGUGAUCCCGCUCUCUUCCCGAGCUUAAACCCGAGCCCUUCGCAUCUAAGGCUGUAACAACAGUAACCAUGGUUACAGAUCAUGCCAGAUCCACAGCAUUAUCCACGAUCUGUGACAAUUUCGUGCCACGAGAACAAUCAGGUGUCUUUGCUUCUGUAACACACACUUGAGCUCAAGCGUUGCUUCACUUAUCUCAGCUGUUACUGUUACAUUUUGAAGUAAGUGCGCCGCGUGUCUGGCCAAUGCUUUUACCAGCUACUGGUUUAAGUUUCGAGCUUCUCCUGUGAAAGGCCCCCUGGCUGUCCGAGAAACGAUGGCGACGCUUUAACGCUGACGUCUACGUGUGCGUGUUUGACCCUCUCGCUCUGCUGUUCCUCCCACCGCGGUAAAGUGAGCCGUCAUUUGUGAGCCGCGGUCAAGCCAGCCGCCUCCUAUCCGCCGCAUAAAUUUCCUUGCGCUUUUACACCAGUCUUUACGGUAGCGCCUUUU